GAAUAGGCGCGAUGCAUGCCCCUCCUUUUUCCCACCACCUUCCCGUCUUCGCUGAUCCCGUCCAUCAUCGCCUUUCUCCUCUUCCAUUCCAUGUCCUCCUUUCUACCCUGUUGGGUGCGGCGUGUUCAUUCAUAACCGACGCGCCAUCACGAUGAUCGACGCCGAUAACUUCCACUUGCAGCUUAGCCUCGAAGCAAAGAUCGAAUGGGAGCCGCCUCGUCGCGGGAAGCGGACGCGGCGCGCGCGGCGGCGCGGGAGCACACGAAGCGGUGCCGGGAGCGGCGGCGGCUCAUGCGGGAGGCCGUGCGCCUGCGGCGGCACCUGGCGGCCUCGCACGCCGCCUACCUCCGGUCGCUCGGCGUCGUCGCGUCCGCGCUCACGCGCUUCGCGGUCGGCGAGCCGCUCCCGGUGUCCGACCACACCCCGCCCGCCGUGAUCGCGCACCGCGCCGUCGUCGUCCCGUCCUCGCCGCCGCCGCUGCUCCGCGCCAUGGAGCAGCCACAGCCACAGGGCGAGGCGCGGCAGCAGGAAGUGGGCAGCGGCGUUUCUGCUGACGUUGGCGUUGGCGUGGCGGCGCCUACGCGGACCGAAGGCGUCGGCGUCGGCGGUGGUGCCGAAGAGGAGCUCAGGAUGGUGGUGAGGCACCGCAGCCUCGCGGAGGUCGCGGCGGGGCUGGAGGAGUACUUCGUCAAGGCCAGCGUCGCCGGCGACACGGUGUCCAGCCUGCUUGAGGCCAAUACCACCGAGUUCAAGGGUGGCUCACACAGCUUCUUGGGCGCGCUCUGCUGCCUUUCGGCGCCACCGCUCGACCGCAUCGACAGCAUGAGCAGCCGGCAGAGGCACAGCGCCACCUUGCAGCAGCUCCUCGCAUGGGAGAAGAAGCUCUACAAGGAUGUCAAGGUGAUCCAACAAAAGAACCACACAAUUGCUUCCUCUGCAUUAUUGUUGCCAGUUGCUAAAAACAGCCACUGGAACGACCAUUCAGGACAGGGAGAAGCUGCAAAUAAGGCACGACAAGAAGCUCGCCGAGCUGCGAGACCAGGAGUACAGCCGGAAGAUCGACGUGGACAUCCAGAAGCUCAAGGCGGCGUGGGACAGGGCGCGCGCGCAGCUCGAGACCGCCUCCGAGUCCGUGGACGCGACCUCGUCCGCCGUCGCGCAGCUCCGCGACACGCACCUCGCGCGCCAGCUCCUGGAGCUCUGCCACGCCGCGCUCGACAUGUGGCGGGCGAUGCGGCAGCACCACGAGGCGCAGAGCCUGUUCGCGCAGCAGCUGCGCGGGCUGAGCAGCCGCACGUCCAUGGAACCCACGACGGAGAUCCACCACCAGGCGACGCGGGCGCUCGAGGCCGCCAUGAACGCCUGGUCCGCGGCCAUGGCGCACAUGGCCAAGCACCAGCGCGACUACGUCCACGCCAUCGGCGGCUGGCUCAAGCUCACGCUGACGCCGACGCCGGUCAACGGCGCCGCCGAGGCCUCGUCCUCGGCCUCAACCGUGGCGGCGGAGCUCGCGGCGUUCGUCGACCGGUGGGGGAAGGUGCUCGACCGCGUGCACUGCGUGGACGUGCUCAAGGCGAUCAAGAGCUUCGCGGGGGCGGCCCGCGCGAUCCACGCGCUCCAGGGCGACGAGCUGCGGGUGGCGCGGCGCGUGAGGCAGUACUCCCGGGAGCUGGACCGCAAGUCCAGGAUGCUGCGGCAGGUGGAGAAGAGCUACUACGACUCGUACCUGCCCGGGGUCAUGUCGAUGUGGCACUGGGGGAGGCCGGCGUGGAGGGACCACAUGCAGGCGCGCGACGCGGGCGACGAGGUGGCGCAGCGCAGGGACGAGAUCGCGGCUUGCCGGAAGAUGGUGGAGGACGAGAUGCGGAGGCAUGCCAAGGCCAUCGACGCCACGAGGACGGCCACGGUCACCGGCGUGCAGGGGAAGCUGCCUGCCGUGUUCCAGGCCAUGGCCGCGUUCUCGGCGUCGCUUGCGAAUUCGCUGGAGGCCGCGUGCAGAGCUCCACAGCAGAACACCAACAUGCAGUAGUAGCUACUGUCCGGUCAUUCUUUUUUGCGUUUGCAUUUUUGGUUUUCAUCGUGUUUUCAGCAUCUAUACAUACAAAAAUAUACAGAAUACAAAGAGAGACCAUAGAAAUACGAAUAAGACAAAAAAAAAGACAUUAUCUUAGUGUUUUUGGCUGUUUGUUACCCUGCAUGCAAUCCCCCAACUAACGUUUCCAUUGGCUAGCCAGGGGUCAUCGAUUCCGUUGUUUGCAUCGGUAAACUUAAAUAUUUAGAAAGAGUAAUUAAAUAAUUAGAGAGUAAUUUGUGAAACAAAUCUUUUAAGCCUAAUUAGUCCAUGAUUGAAUACUAAUGGUUGAACUUUAACAACGCAAACCAUAGAAAACACAUCCUAAAACAACGCAAACCAAACUCCCCCUAAAA